CCUAUUAACGACUUUCUUAGUAGUUGGAAUAAUCAUCUAUUUGAUGUCUAGAAAAAAAGAUCAUUUGAGUGCUGAGACCGUUGCUUCAGUGUGUGGUCACAACUUAGAUAAACAGUCCAUUGAGGUUGAGGGGACCGGUGGAGCAAGGCGAUGUACCCUGACGGAUCAAGUUGUGACCCGUCUCCAUGACAACGUAGAUACAAUCUAUGAUGCUUUCAUGCGGGGUGUCAAACUCUCAGGURACAGGCCUUGCUUAGGGACACGAAAGCCKCCAUCAAAUAAAUACGUCUGGCUCACCUAUAAUGAGGUUCAUGCCAGAGCUUAUCACGUGGGCUGUGGAUUGGUUAAUACUGGUUGCAAGCCGUCRAGUCUGAUAGGGAUAUUUGGUCCAAAUUGUGUAGAGUGGUUCUUGACAGACAUCGGUUGUCAAAUGUUCUCCAUGGUAACCGUGCCGCUUUACGACACUCACGGGCUCGACGCCUGUGUACAUAUCAUAAACGAAGCUCAGCUCUCAACAGUCGUCUGUCACGAGCCAAAAGUGUCCAUUAUUCUUACUUGUAAGGACAGAUGUAUGACUGUGGACACAAUUGUUAAAAUAGGAAAUCCAGUUACACAAGAAGAGAAAGCUGCGGCCGAAAGAUGCGAUGUCAAACUAGUGAGCUUUCAGGAUCUCGAGGCCACUGGGAGAGAAUCUCCAUGCCAGCUCAAAGUGCCAAGACCCGACGAUAUCUUUACUAUAUGCUAUACUAGUGGAUCUACAGGGACUCCAAAAGGUGCUAUUAUCACUCAUGAUAACAUGAUUUCAGAUCUUUCAGCAUUUCACUUCGUUGUGCAGCGGUUCGGAUUGAAAAUGAAUGAAGAUGAGGUACUGCUGUCCUACUUACCGAUGGCUCACAUGUACGAACGAGUAAACCAGCUUGCUGGAGGACGCAUUGGCUUUUUCAGCGGUAACAUCAAAUUGCUAUUGGAUGAUCUCCAAGAAUUAAAGCCUACAGUUUUUCCCACGGUUCCCCGUUUACUGAAUAGGAUCUACGACAAGGUCAACAAUGAAAUAAGUAAAAGAAAAUUCAAGUCUUGGUUAUUUGAGAUGGCGAUGGCUGCAAAGCAAAGAGAGGUCGAUAGGAACAAAAUCAGGAACGACUCAUGGUGGGAUGUCUUUGUCUUCAGAAAAAUCCAGGACAUUCUUGGUGGACGUGUAAGAAUGGUUCUCUCUGGUUCRGCGCCAUUGUCUUCUAAAGUAGCUAAAUUCAUGCGCUGUGUAAUGGGUUGCCAUGUGCUGGAAGGCUAUGGUUUGACCGAGGCAGUAGCUUCAGUGAGCUUGCAGUUGAUUGACGACUUGACUGUAGAUUUGUGUCAAGGGAAGAAACGUAUUUAAAGGGUAUCUAAAUAACCCAGAAAAAACUGCUGAAGUUCUUGGAAAGGACGGCUGGCUCAAAACUGGUGAUAUAGGUGAAUGGACAAAGGUAUAUGGCGCUUUGACUGGUGUCGGUGGUGUCUUCAGGGGAAGGAUUAGGACAUCUCAGGAGGUUGUUCUUUUGGCAGUUCCUCCGCUGUGGUCCUUUUUAAUAGCGAUUGCUGUYCCUGAUGCUGACGUAUUAAUGGACUGGGCCAAAAAGAAAGGAAUUAUGGGAACGAUAACAGUACUUUGUMAAAUGAAGAUUGUUACGGACACAAUUCUAGAGGACUGCUUAAGACGAGGGAAAGAAUCAAAUUUGAACAGACUAGAGCAGAUUAARCACUUGCACUUGCAUCCUGAGCCAUUCUCCUCUGAAAACAAACUUCUUACUCCGACACUGAAAAACAAAAGACCAGCCAUAACCAAGUUUUUCCAAAAG